AUGGCACGCCUAGCAGCCGCUCUGCUGUUUUCCCUCGCCCUGACGGCGUGCGCGCUCGCGGCGCCGCAGAACAUGACGGGCGGCCAUGCCCUCGAGAGCCUGAGCCUCGACGACCUCGACCAUCAGCUGCAGGCGUGCCCGAUCGUCCGGGAGCUGUCGGCCGCCAAGCACGCCCGCGCUGCCGCGGCCCCGUCGUCCCUCACGACGCGCCUCUUCGCGGUGCUCUUCCCCGGGUCUCCGGCCGUGAACGCCCUCCUCGCGACGCUGUACAUCUCGGGCCCGCCCAACUUCCUGCUGGCGCUGUGCCCGACCGACAUUGACCCGUCGUCGCUCGGCGUCAUGGUCGCCUUUGCCGUGGGCGGGCUGCUGGGCGACACCCUGUUCCACCUGCUGCCCGAGAUCUUCGUGGGCGAGGACGAGCCCGACAGGGCCAGGUUCGUGCUCGUCGAGCCCAACAGGAACCUGGUCCUGGGGCUGGCCAUCCUCGUCGGGCUCAUGACGUUUGUCGCCAUGGACAAGGGGCUGCGCAUCGCGACCGGAGGCUCGUCGGGCCACGGGCACGCGCACCAGCACUCGCACGACGCCGACGCCGACGCCGACGCCGACUCCGACUCCGACUCCUCCCCGCCGUUGAUCGCUGCGAGCGGCGUCGACGCCGUCGACGGCACCGUCAAGUCGAGGAACGACAAGAAGAAGAAGAAGAAGAAGAACAGGGACAGGCAGGCCCAGCCCACCGAGCCCCAGCACCAGCACCAGCGCAAAGAGGCGAACCCCAGCGUCAAGCUCGGGGGGUACCUCAACCUCAUCGCCGACUUCACGCACAACAUCACCGACGGCCUCGCCGUGUCGGCCAGCUUCUACGCGUCGCCCACCAUCGGCGCCACCACCACCGUGGCCGUCUUCUUCCACGAAAUCCCCCACGAGGUGGGCGACUUUGCGCUCCUCGUGCAGUCGGGCUUCUCGAAGCGGGCGGCCAUGGCGUCGCAGUUUGUCACGGCCGUCGGCGCGCUCAUAGGCACCCUCGUCGGCAUCGCCAUUCAGGAGUUCGGCGGCGCAAGCACCCGCGACGGCGAGCCCGGGAUGCCGCGCGAUGCAGGGCUCUGGGGCACAAGCCUGGCCUGGGGCGACAUGCUGCUGCCCUUUACGGCCGGCACGUUUCUGUACGUCGGCACCGUGGCCGCCAUCCCGGAGCUGCUGGAGACGGGGCCCAACACGGCGCGGGAGCUUCGCAAGACGCUGGCGCAGUUCGUGGCUGUCGCUGCCGGCGCGGGCAUCAUGCUGUACAUCUCGUGGCAUGGUUGA